CGGCCAACCUCACUUGCAUGUUUUCCAAGUACGAUCCGCAACAACAACAACAACAACAACCCAAGCACAUACAUUGGGUGGCCACCGGACACGAUGAGCGCCUCUGCAAGUCCGGACGAUUAUGAGGGCGAUUGGUCUCAAACAGAACCACGUUCCCCCGCCGAGCGAUCCCGUAAACGACAGCGCACCGCCGCCUUUCGCGAUCAUCAGAACCAGGAGACAGGCUUGAUGAGAGAUGGCGACAACCCGGGACUUCCUCGCUUUGUAGGUAGCAGCAGUGGCAUCCACUUUGUUCGAACAGUCUACGGCAUUCUGUCCCGCACUGGCAACCAACUCAGCGUCUCACACCUGGUACCAGGUGAAGACGACCAGCUUGACGACGCCCGCGAAUCUGUGGCCGGGUCCCCGGCCACACCAGGAACCGGUGCCCGUACUCCUCUGUGGCGUUCCGAUGAGGUCGUACAGGGUGGGAACCACAAGGCCUCGGACAUCACCUUCGACACCUUAAUAGCCUGGACAAAGAGUUACUUCGAGAUAUGGCAUCCCGUCUUUCCGUUCCUGCAUGGCCCCGAGGUAGUGGAGAUCCUCGAGCAAGUCGCCAACAACGGCCUGGAGAAUAUCUCUCCUCAGGACGCAGCUAUAGUGAGAGCAGUAGUCUCCAUCUCAUUGGCAGAUACCCGCCAGUUGGGCCCUGGGACAGAUCCUGGCCCAGGGCCAGUUCCCCUGGACCUCGUUUUCUCCAGCCUCGAUCACUUGGCCUCAUCCCUCCACUUUGUCUUGGGGACACCGGCUUCACUUAAGAAUAUGCAGGCCGCUCUCUGCGUCGAGCUUUUUCUUGUCAGCAUGCUGAAAUUCAACAUGGCCUCCAGAAUAGGCGGAGUAGCCGUGAGGAUGGCGUACCACCUCGGCUUGCAUAGAUGCCCGCGUCGCUACCAGAACUUUAAUCCACAUGAGGUAUCGAUGAGAAAACGGAUAUGGUGGUCGUUUUACUGUCUGGAACGGCUGGUGUGUCAGGCUCUUGGCCUCCCACUGGAUGUCCAAGAUUCCGACGUCGAUGUCUGCUUCUCACACGAUGUGGAAUAUCACCAACAAGCUAAUAGCGAAGACGAGCAGUACGAAGAUGAGUCCAAUGCUCAGUUAAAGCUCCUGACUCUUCUGUCUAAACAUGCGCAGAUCAGAGGCAUGAUUCUGGAGCUGCGUCACAAGAGCCUGCACGUUAGACAAGAUACCCUUGAUCGCUCAUUGCUCGUUCAAUCGAAACUUACGAGGUGGACAAAUGUUGUUCAUGAGAGUUAUGAGUCCCUCACUGGCGAACAAACAGACGAUGAAGAUCAACCAGGGCCUGUGGCAGCAGGACAGUCCGGCGUUGACCGCACAGCUCCCUUGUAUCACCCUUUACUCCUGAUUCUUCAGCAUGAGUCUACAAUUGCGCUCAACAGACCACUCCUGGCCAAGACGCCUCGGACGUCUGCCUCUCAAGCCGCCCUUGAGGCUUGUAUUGGCGCUUCGAGGGGGAUCCUGGAAACAGUGAGUGACCAACAGUCGGACUGUGCCGGCCGUGCAUUUUCGGCUGCGCUCAUGGUCUGGCCCUUAUUGACGUGGUCUGUGUGGAUGAGCUGUUUUAUUCUCAGUUACGCUGCACUAGAAGGUGUAACCAGUAUUUCGUCCGCCCUAAGGUCUGUUAAGCGGGAAAUUCACGUCUUGAACGCGCCUAUUCGGAAAGUCUUAGCCCGCUGACCAGUUGACCAACCCCCAUGGUACAGAUAUGCGAGGCGGACGCUUCGAAUACUCGGCGAGCUCUCCAAACGGGGCACCUCGUGGCCUGAUUCUUGUGCCCAGGCAGUAAAGCAUCUAAUUACGGCUCUCGAACAGAGGAAGUCAAAACCAGAUGCUGCGCCCGCUCCCGGCGAGAAAUCUUCUGCCACUGGCCCAGCUCAUCCAACGGACCGCUCUACACGAUCUUCUGGCAGAAGGAAGGGCAAAGCUAUUGGGGACGCUAUCAGAGAGGCCCAACAAGAUGACGAGAGCCAGGCCACGCCAGUCGGCCAGACAAUUGCGAAUGGACAGCGUAUCAGCACAGCAUACCAACCUAACAAGCUUGGCCACGGUCUGAGGCCUUCGGAAUCCGCUAGAGGUACUCCAUUGGUUGCCCAGCAGCCCGAAGUCGUGAGUUUCUAUGGCAUGGCACCGGGGUCCACCGGCUGGAACCCAGGAAUGACUGCUACAGACCCGUAUUUUAUGCCGG